AUGAGUGCUCAGCCUAGCUGCAGUUCAAGGAAAGCUUUGCAAUUAACAAGUUUGUUUCUACAGAUCCUCUUGCUUUCAUUUUGGACGCGAGAAGGAGAUGGGAAUCGGAGUAAUUGUUCUUCAUGGGAUGGUGUUGAGUGUGAUGAAGACUUUGGCCAUGUUGUCGGCCUUGAUCUCCGUAGCAGCUGUCUCUACGGUUCUAUCAAUUCCAGCAACACUCUCUUCCGCCUUGUUCACUUGCAGAGGCUUGAACUCUCAGAUAAUCACUUCAAUUUCUCUCAAAUACCAUCAAGGUUCGGUGGUGAUCUUUCGAGUCUAACAUAUCUCAACCUUUCAAAUUCCUUGUUUUCCGGAGAAAUUCCAUCAGAAAUUUCAAAGCUAUCGAAGCUGUCUACCCUUGAUUUGUAUUUCAAUUUUCGGAAAGUUUAUCCUGAUAUUUUCCCUUUGAAACUGACCAAGGGCAACCUGAGAAGCCUCGUUCAAAACUUGACCAACAUAAAACAACUUCAUCUUAAUUGGGUAAAGAUGCACUUCACUGUGCCUGAUAUCUUGGUCAAUGCAUCUUCUCUCACAUCUCUCAAACUUGGCGAUUGCCAAUUAGUUUCUGAAUAUUCCUUGUCUUGGAUAGCAAGUUUAACCAACCUCUACAGUUUGUCCCUUGCGUCCACCAAAUUCAGGGGAAAAUUCCCAAGUUUUGUGGCUAACCUCACGCAACUUUCAUAUCUAGGCUUGGGUAGUAACGGAAUAACUGGUCAAAUCCCAUCUUGGCUUAUGAAUUUGACCCAGUUAACUACUCUAUACCUCUGGCGUAACAAUUUGCAAGGAGCAAUUCCUAGGUCACUCUUCCAGCUCAAAAAUCUUGAAUUUCUUGACCUUUCCUCUAAUAGCUUGAGUGGACAAGUUGAGUUUGAUCAGUUUUCCCAGCCCAAAAAGUUAAAGGAACUUCAAUUAUCAUACAACAAGUUAUCUCUGCAGAUCAUAACCAAUUUGAGUGCUACCAAGUUGAUUUCAUGCAACUUAACAGAGUUUCCAGAAAUUUUAAAAUAUCAAUCCGAAUUGCAAGAGUUACCAAAAUGGGUGUGGAAUGCAACUAGAGAAACUUUGUUGACUCUCAGCCUCUCUUCCAACUUCUUAACGGGAUUUGAGUUUGACCAAAAUCCAAUCAAUCUUCCAUGGCAGAAUCUAUAUGAUUUAGAUCUCCAGACCAAUAUGUUACAAGGAUCACUGCCAAUUCCACCACAAUCAAUCAAAAACUAUAUGGUCGGCAGCAAUCAUUAUAGUGGAGAAAUUUCACCAUCGUUCUGCAACUUGAAUCAUUUGCUGAUUCUUGAUUUGUCCAACAACAACCUGAGUGGCAUGCCUCCACAAUGUUUGGGGAACUCCAGUGCUCUUGGAAUAUUGAUGCUGACGAACAAUUCUUUUCAUGGCAGUAUUCCUCAAAUGUGUCCAGAUAACAAUAGUUUGAAAAUGGUUGAUUUAAGUUACAAUCAGUUACAGGGGAAGAUACCAAGAUCAAUGGCCAAUUGCACUCAAUUAGAGUUUCUUAAUCUUGAAAACAAUCAGAUAAGCGACAUCUUCCCAUCUUGGUUAGGAGCACUUCCAGCAUUAAGGGCUCUCAUUUUGGGGUCCAAUCGAUUUCAUGGCAUGAUUGUGUUG